GAACCUUUUCUCAGAUACUUGUGCGAUUCAUUGUCCAUUCAUUUGCUGGGAAGUUUCCUACGUUAACAUUAUUAGCAAACCACAAUUUUUAGACAACCACUACCACUGAAAAACCAGGGGCACUGGAUGGCAGCAGUAUUUGGAGACACUUCUUUUUAUCAGUGACAUGGCAUCAGUGAUCUAAGAUUCUCUUGUCUUUCUCAUAUUUCAAAACCCCAUUCAGUCUGCCUAAAUAUCACCCUUCUUAAAUUUAUUGGUGACAUAAUACAUACGCUUCUGAUGACUGCAAUUGAUCAAACUCUAAAGUGAGUCCAGAUCUUACAUAAAAUGGAAAAUUUCUCACACUAGAUACUGAAUAUUUAAUAGAAAGUUAUUUAGCAAAAUCUAAGCUGCUAUGGAAGAAAUACCAGUAAAAGUUGCUGUAAGAAUCCGACCUCUGCUAUGCAAAGAAGUUCUUCAUAAUCAUCAAGCUUGUGUGAGAGUUAUUCCAAAUACCCAGCAAAUUAUCAUUGGGAGAGAUAGAGUCUUUACUUUUGAUUUUGUUUUUGGCAAAAAUUCCACUCAAGAUCAAGUUUAUAAUACGUGUAUAAAACCACUAGUGUUGUCACUCAUUGAGGGCUAUAAUGCAACCGUUUUUGCCUAUGGACAAACUGGAUCUGGGAAGACCUACACCAUUGGAGGAGGCCAUGUUGAUGUACUUUCUUUCUUUAAAUUUUUAGCUUCAGUUGUGGAGGGUCAAAAGGGUAUCAUUCCUCGAGCUAUCCAAGAAAUAUUUCAAAACAUCUCUGAAAAUCCUAGCAUUGAUUUUAAUAUUAAAGUGUCUUAUAUAGAAGUAUACAAGGAAGACCUAAAAGAUCUUCUUGAAUUGGAAACAUCUAUGAAGGAUCUUCACAUCCGAGAAGAUGAAAAAGGAAACACAGUGAUUGUUGGGGCCAAAGAAUGCCAGGUGGAGAGUGCAGAUGAAGUGAUGAGUCUCCUGGAGAUGGGGAAUGCAGCCAGGCACACAGGUACCACCCAAAUGAAUGAGCACUCCAGUAGAUCACAUGCAAUUUUUACAAUCAGCAUUUGUCAAGUGGAGAAAAACAUCGAGGCAGCUAAAGAUGGAUCGUGGUAUUCUUGUCGGCAGAUUGUUUCAAAGUUCCACUUUGUGGACUUGGCUGGUUCAGAAAGAGUAACCAAAACAGGGAAUACUGGUGAACGGUUCAAAGAAUCCAUUCAGAUCAACAGUGGGUUGCUGGCAUUAGGAAAUGUAAUCAGCGCUCUGGGCGACCCCCGUAGGAAGAGUUCACAUAUUCCAUAUAGAGAUGCUAAAAUUACCCGGCUUCUGAAAGAUUCCCUGGGAGGCAGUGCCAAGACUGUCAUGAUCACUUGUGUCAGCCCAUCCUCCUCAGAUUUCGAUGAGUCCUUAAAUUCCCUCAAAUAUGCCAACAGAGCACGCAACAUUAGAAACAAACCCACCUUAAACUUCAGCCCUGAGUCAGACCGAAUGGAUGAAAUGGAAUUUGAAAUUAAGUUGCUUCGAGAAGCUUUGCAAAGCCAACAGGCUAGCAUCGGCCAAGCCUGCCAGACCCAUCAAGAGGGGACUCCUGAUAAAAAUAGGAUCCAUUCUCUAGAGGAGCAAGUAGCUCAGCUACAAGGAGAGUGUUUGAGUUACCAGAAUUGUAUAGAGGAAGCCUUUACCUUCCUGGUGGACUUAAAGGAUGCUGUCAGAUUGAACCCAAAGCAGCAACAUAAAUUACAGGAGUGGUUUAACAUGACGCAGGAGGUCAGGAAGGCGGUUUUCACCUCCUUCACCAGGAGCCAUGGCAUCGGCAGCCUGGAGGACGGGCCUCCACACAUCACGGUUCUCCAGCUGAAGCGGGAGCUUAAGAAAUGCCAGUGUGCGCUGGCUGCUGAUGAAGUUGUAUUUAAUCAGAGAGAACUGGAGGUGAAGGAACUAAAGAAUCAAGUGCAGAUGAUGGUCCAGGAAAACAAAGGCCAUGUGGUAUCUUUGAAAGAAGCGCAGAAAGUGAAUAGAUUGCAGAAUGAAAAAAUAAUAGAACAACAACUUCUUGUGGAUCAACUGAGCGAAGAACUAACAAAACUUAACCUGUCAAUGACCUCUUCAGCUACGGAAACCUGUGGAGAUGGGCCAGAUGCCAGGACAGAUGCGAAGAGGCCAUAUACUGUACCGUUUGAUACUCAUUUGGGGCAUUAUAUUUAUAACCCUGCCAGAUCAGAUUCCAGGAAGGUCUACACAAGUCCUUCUGUGUACUCUCUGGAUCGAGUAGUUGCUGGAUUUCGAACACGAAGUCAGAUGCUGCUGGGUCACAUAGAAGAACAAGAUGAAGUCCUCCACUGCCAAUUUUCUGAUAACAGUGAUGAUGAAGAAUCAGAAGGCCAAGAGAACUCUGAAAUUAGACAUAGAAGUCACUCAUGGAUUCAAAAGCCAGCCUCUGUUUGUUCUCUUGUUGAAUUGAAUGAUGUUCAGGAUCAAACACGAAAAGGGAAUGAAGAUGUAAAGAUUGAAUGUCUCCAGCAAAGUCAAGAGUUGAAUUUGCAAAAAUUAAGGAAUUCAGAACUCAUACUCACUGAAGCUAAACAAAAAAUGAGAGAACUUACAAUUAACAUCAAGAUGAAGGAAGAUCUAAUUAAAGAAUUAAUAAAAACAGGUAACGAUGCCAAGUCUGUAAGCAAACAGUAUUCUCUGAAAGUAACAAAACUUGAACACGAAGCAGAACAGGCGAAGGUGGAAUUGACUGAAACAGAGAAGCAGCUACAGGAACUAGAAAACAAAGAUCUUUCUGACGUUGCUUUGAAGGUAAAAUUGCAGAAGGAGUUCCGUAAAAAGAUGGAUGCCGCAAAGCUAAGAGUCCAGGUCUUACAGAAGAAGCAACAAAAUAGUAAGAAAUUGGCAUCACUGUCAAUCCAAAAUGAGAAACGUGCUAAUGAACUAGAGCAGAAUGUAGAUCACAUGAAAUGUCAAAAGGUACAGCUGCAAAAAAGACUUCGAGAAGAAAGUGAAAAAAGGAAGCAACUGGAUGCAGAAAUCAAACGGGAUCAACAAAAAAUCAAAGAACUAAGGUUAAAAACAGAACAGGAAGAAGCUCUGAAACUGAAACCUGAGGACCCUGAUGCAUUUAAGAUGAAAAAGAGAAAAGGUUCGUUUGGAAGUAUAGACCAACUCCAGAAACUGGACGAGCAAAAGAAAUGGUUAGAUGAAGAAGUAGAGAAAGUCCUGAACCAACGCCAAGAAUUGGAGGAGCUGCAAGAAGACUUAAAGAAGCGAGAGGCCAUAGUUUGUAAGAAGGAGGCCCUGUUAAAGGAGAAGAGCCACCUGGAGAAUAAGAAGUUGAGAUCAAGUCAGAUCUUAAACACAGAUAGUUUGAAAAUAUCAACUCGCCUGAACUUGCUGGAUCAAGAGUUGUGUGAAAAGAAUGCCGAGCUUCAACACAGCACAGCUGAGGAGAAAAUAAAGAUUGCAGAACAAGUCCAAGCCCUCCAGAAAGAAAAGGAUCAGCUACAGAGACGAAGAAAUAGUGUGGAUGAGAAACUUAAAAAUGGUAGUGUGUUAACACCUGAAGAGGAACAUGUUCUUUUCCAACUUGAAGAAGCGAUUGAAGCUUUGGAAGCUGCAAUUGAAUACAAGAAUGAAAGCAUCCAGAGUCGCCAGAACUCGCUCAGAGCUUCGUUCCAAAACCUCUCUCAUAGUGAAGCAAAUGUCUUAGAAAAACUAAUUUGCCUGCGUCCUGUUGAGAUUAGAGCUAUUCUUUUCAGAUAUUUCAAUAAGGUGGUCAAUUUGCGAGAAACCGAACGGAAGCUACAGUUACAGAAUGAAGAAAGUAAAAUGAAGGUUCUGGAACGGGAUAAUAUGGUUUGUGAAUUGGAAUCUGCCCUGGAAUCUCUGAAAUUGCAAUGUGACCGGAGACUGACCCUCCAGCAAAAGGAACAUGAGCAGAAAAUGCAGCUGCUGUUACAUCAUUUUCAAGAGCAAGAUGGAGAAGGACUUAUAGAAAAAUUAAGAGCAUAUGAAGAUAAAAUCCAGCAACUGGAAAAAGAUCUUUAUUUUUAUAAGAAGACCAGCAGAGAUCUUAAGAAGAAACUUAAGGAAUUGAUAGGGGAAGCAGUUCGACGGCAAUUAGUACCAUCUGAACAUCAUGAUGCUGGGGAUGGAGUCCCAAAUGCUGAAGAAGCAGGCAUGGUUCCAGAAGAAUUAAAAUGGGCAUCCAGAACUGAAACUAUGAAAUUAAGUGGAAGAGAAAGAGAAUUAGACUGUUCAGCAAACAGUUUAAGAAUACAGUCCAAUCCUCAGAAGCUCUGGGAAGAUGACCCAGAAUUACCUCCGAUCUGUGGUUCUUUAGCACCCACUAGUGGGCAUUUAUUGAACAGUGAGGAUAAAAUAGAUGAAAAUCAUUUUACAAAAUCUCACAGUGAAUCAUCACCCCACAUUCAGCUAGUGGGAAAUGUGGGACAGCUUCAUGGUGUCACUUCUGUAAAGUUGUGUCGUAAAGAGUUACGUCAGAUUUCUGCCUUGGAACUAUCAUUACGGCGUUCUAGUCUUGGAGUUGGGGUUGGAUCUAUGACUGCUGAUUCCAUUGAAGUAGCUAGGAAACCGAGUGACUUAAAAACUUAGGCUUUUAAUAAUAGAACUUUUAAUUUAGUAGAGGCAUAAGAUUCUUUUGUCUGACCUGUUAGAAAUUAAGGCAUAUGCUCACUAGCUCUUCCUUCAGAAUAAAGGAAGGAAGGGAGGAAGGAAUCCUUUUGUAUACUAGAGAUGUGUAUAUCUUCUUUGGUAUAUUUGAGGAGUUUUAAUUAUUUGCAGAUUUUUCUACAAUAACUAAAUGAACCUGUUUUCUAACACUAUUAAGUAAUGGAACAUUUAAAUAUUUCCACUUUUAAAAUCCAGGCAUAUAUAGAGAACAAAACAAAGAGUAGAAUAGUAAACUAUCCAUCAAAUGUGUAUUGCUAUGUAGUAUAAAAGUAUGUUAGAAUACAUUAAUUCUAUCUCAUAAGCUUAUAUUAUUGUCAUUCUCAAAUAUAUUUGUUAUUUUGAAGAUACUCAGUUAAAUAUUGCUUGUAUGAGAGGGGGAAUCACCUACUGCAUGCAUAUCUUUUGGCACAGCUGAAAAUCUCUGCCAAAAAAGCAGUCUGUGGGUUUAAGACAACUGACGAAGUUUAUGGGUUGAAGUUAAUUUAUGGUCCUCAGAGUCCACAGAACUUGAGUGCUCAGUCGUGACUUUUUAAACAUGGUACUCUGCUCUUUUUCUGGGAUUGUUUUUAGAAUAUCAUUAUUGUUGGUUUGCUAAUAUUAUGGAAUGUAAGUUUUCAUCUCACUCCUACCCUGUCUAUUCAACAUCUCUCUCUCUCUCACUAGGCUACUAGAUUUGGGGAAAAGAAUGCAGUUCCAUGCCACAGGGAAAUAAUGAUAGAGUAGCUGUAAAGCAUUCUAGCAUUUCUUUUCUCUUUCACAUGGAGUAUGCCUGUAAAGCUUGAAGCCUUCGCCAGAGGCUCUUUAGCUAAUAAUCUGAUGGGCCUAAUCGGAGAUUUUUCUCUACAGCCUGCUUACUCAGGUUAGCACAGGCAGGCCAGACUGCAUUGGAGCUGUAAAUAUGUAAAUGAAAUUUUUCUUCGAGAUUUUUUUAGUCUAAAUCAUAUUGUAUAAUAUAAACUUCAGUUUGGGAUUAAGAACUAAAACACUGAUUUGCCCAAUAAAUAGUUUGUACUUUUUCAUCAUACUUUUUAAUCACAGAAAACAUCCCAUUAUAAUGACCAGAGGUAUUUUGUUACUUUUUUGUUACUUGUGUUGUUAUUCUAGUUACUUUUCCAAAUUUUCACUUGUAAAAUAGAGUUGUUUCUUAAACUACUUACUGUAAGGGUGGGGCGGUGGUAAAACCACCCUGACAUGUGGAUAUCUAUUCAAUUUGAGUCACCCUUGUGCUCGCUUUGGCAGCACAUAUACAAUUCGAGUCACCUGCUUCCUUGCCAAGUCCAGUUUUUCUUCAGUGCUGCGGCUACUAAUAUUUUUCUUGUAUCCUCUUUCUUUGUUGUUACUGACCCUACCCAUCUUACCUAAGACCCCAACUGUCACUCUGUGCUCAAAUACUUAGGGCUUUCUUUUCUGGUUUCUAGGCCUGAGGGAGUAGGGUUCCUUGUUUCCAUUGCUAAAAACCACUUCCUAGAGGAGAAGAAAACCAAACCAAAACAAACUUCUAAAUAGGUGAACAGCCUCUGUAUCUCUUAAGCAUGGUACUGAAAUGCAUAUAAAUUGUGGGUUAAAUAGACUGUGCCAUGGGCUUACCUGGGAACUGAACCACAAUGUACAGCAUUGGCCCACUGAGAAACUGCUUUAGACUAGAAAUUUACAAACUAAUUCAAAAAAUAUAUUUUUGGGAGAGACUAUUACAAGUCAGAUUCUGGUUUUAAACUAGCUUCUUCUUUUUGCCUUUAGUUUGUAUGAGAUAUAUAUAUCAUGAUGAUAUGUAUCAUAUGUAUAUGUGGAUAUAUAUACAUAUCAUCAUGAUAUAUAUAUAUAUAUAUAUCAUAUGUAAUGUGUGUGUGCGUGUAUACUAUAUAGAGUGGCAAAGGCCACUAAGGCCUUCACAGAGCACAACAAUGAUAUUUUUAUUAAUGAAGGUCCUAACUGUAAAUUCCUUAUAAGAUUAAGUAAUUUAGAAACUAUUCACAUAAGAAUAUAUUCUAACCCUAGAAUCUUGCUUGCCUAAGAAAUUGACACAUGCUUGUUUUACCUCUGGAAAUACAUUUUCUAAAAGCCAACUCACAAAACAAGAAAAUUUAUGUCAAAUCAACAGUGAUUAGAUUUGAUAAUGCAAAUGUGAACUGACUUCUAAAUAAGAAAGGUACAAUUUUUUUCUUCCUUUGGGUUAAACAUACAUCCUUUAAAUGCUACAGUAGAUUCCAUGUACACACACACACACACACACACACACAUAAAUAAUGUCCUGAAUAAUAAAUACAUUCUGGAAGUGAACCUCUUGUCAUUCCAGUUUAGUGCUCUCACAAAGGAAAGAAAAAUUAAGGGGCCUCCCCCAAGGCAAGUAAGUUUUUUUUUUUUACAUAUACUAGUAAUAAAUUUUACUUUGUUUCA